AUGUUUAAGUACGAAGACCCACUUGGGGUAAUAUUAUCAGCAGAAAACACCCUUAAUGAGCUUUAUGCAACUAUUGGAAUAACUCUUGGAAGUAUCUCGGUUACUUCGAUCGUCAUGAUGAUCAUGAUCUUCAGCUUUCCUAGACGUGAUUCUUUAGACAAGGAGAAGCUAUUGUUGGAGAUCCGGAAUUGGUUGACGACGAGACACAAGAAAAUAAAAGUUGUUAGACUGUUCUUCGGUGUGGAAAAAAAUAGAACAUCUGGAACAAGCAGAGAAGUUAUAGUGCUAGUUAUUGACGAUUUCAAAGUAAUUGAAGAAGAAACAUUUGACUUUUCUGGAAAAACGUUUCCUAUUAUUUGCAAAUUAUUUAAAUUUCCACCACUAGAAGGAGCUAAAGUGACAAAUAUUGAACAAGGUAUUGAAUGUAACGAUGCCCUUUAUUCUAAGUUUCGAAAAUGUAUACGAGAUGUAAGUACUUCGAAAAAGCUUUUCGAGAAACACUCAAAUUUAGAAAUCAUCAGUGCUUCCAGUUAUCGAUCUAAGAAAAAUGGAGAUGAAAUUGUUCGUGAACCAUGCAUUGUGUUAUACUGCUCUUGUAAAGGGGUAAUACCAUUUAAAGAAUCGGAAUUUCCUGAAACUGUCAAUGGAAUGAACACAGACGUUAGGGAAGGUUUCUUUUAUCAGUUUCCAAAGGAAGAAUAUUUCACAAAUGCCACAGAUGUCCUCAAUCCUUUGACGAUGGGUGCUAGUAUAAGCUCUGAAGAUUUCUUAAAAGGAGGAACCCUUGGAGGAUUUGUCAGUUUUAACACUGGGGAUAUAGGAUUCAUUACAUGUGCUCACGUCCUCUUUGAUUUAUCAAGCCAGUGCCAUGAAAAGAAACAGUUCAAUGUUGUGCAGCCUGCUUAUAGUUGUAAACGUACCAACAAUAUUUGUGGUAUUCAUCAUUUGUCCUGUUUUCCCCAAACACCAUACCCAGCAUGCACACUGGAUGUUUCCCUUGUAAAACUUACGAGUCGAAUACCUGAUAGAGGACUGUUUUCCAAUCUUACUGCUGAAGACGUUAGCAUUCUGGAAAAUGGUUAUAACAUUGAAGAACCACUUGAAUAUAGUGAUGGUAGCGUACGAGAUUUUUGUGAAAAUCACUCUGCCUACCUGCGAUAUCCAUGUUUCAAAAUAGGAGCAAAAACAGGAUUCACGAGAGGCAAACUGCACCUGAAUGGAAUAUCUGUUAAAUGCUUCACAGAUCCAAUAGAUGUAAGCCACACGACAACCCCAACUACGGUUAAGUAUUAUCAUCAGCUUGAAAUAUUGGGUGAAGGUGCAUCUUUUUCCCUGCCUGGAGAUUCUGGAGCUCUUGUUUUUCAACUUGAUUCACCUGCAACAAAGGGCGAACAAUAUCGUAUACAUUGCAUUGGAAUGAUUGUGGGCGCCACAUCAGAUUUCAAGACAGUUGUAACUCCUAUUGGACCUAUACUCAAAACUCUUGGUGUGAAGAUGUACAAAUUCGAUAAGAAUUAAUAUUCAUAAUACGUGAAGUAGAUUUCUUCUCCGUGAAAUACUUUGAAAAUCUGUGCAUGUUGAGUGACUUGUAGAUAUUUUUAACUUUUAAG